AUGAAUUUCUUAAAGUUUAUUUUGAAAUCUUAUCAAUAUGGAUUUGUAAUAAUUAACGAAUUAUCCUUUAAAUACAGUCUUUUAGUAAAUAUAGUAAUGUUUUUAGACAAAUAUUUUAAAAAUUUUAAAAAAAAUCUCACAAUAUUUCUUUUUAUAAUAGGUAUGUGUGGUUUUACUGACUUAAUACAUUUUAUAAUUAGAAAUAUUUGUACUAUUCUAGUUAUAUUAACAAUUAUUGAGUCUUUUGAUCUAUCUAAUAACUCUUUUUAUAUCACAAUAGUAAUUAAUAUUUUUAUAUUCCUUGUAAAAUUUUUAAUAAGAAGUAUAAUUAAAUGUUUAAAAAUUAAGUAUAAAACAAUAACUAUAAUGUUUAUUAAUAUAACAACUAUAAUGUUAAUAGAUUAUAUUAAUCUUGAUUAUCUGGGAAUAUCUUAUAUUAUCUGGUUAUAUACAUUUUUAGGAUUAUAUUAUUUUGAUAGAAAAAGAGAAAAUGUUUAUAAAAUGCUAUUACAUUGUUAUGUUUGUACAUCUUUUAUUGGGUUGAUAAAUAAUACUACAAUUAUAAAAACAACAGAAAAUGAAAAUACACUGAAAGAUGAUAAAUAUUACUUUAUCACGAUAAAUAUUAUUUUAAUAAGUAUAAAUUCAGUAUUUUUAUUUGUAAAAUCAAUUUAUAAAUAA